CAUGCUGCAUAAACUCAGAAGAAACGCCAUUUCAUCAACAUUUUCUCCACUAGUUUUCCUACCAUGGAUAAGGAUAACCAACUCAAGUUGCUCGCAUUGCCCUUGGCCUUCCUUGUGUUCAUUUUCAUGGUGUUUAAAUUACGGGUGAGAUCCAAAAUAAAGGACUCACCGGAAAAACUACCUCCUGCACCAUGGAAAUUACCUAUUAUAGGUCACUUGCACCUUUUAUUUUUCUCUCUUCCCCAUCAACGCUUGACAGAACUAGCUGAAAGGCAUGGUUCCUUGAUGCACCUGCAACUUGGGGAAUUACCAUACAUUGUUGUUUCUUCUCCAGAGGCUGCUAGAGAAGUGAUGAAAACGCAUGAUAUCAAUUUUGCUACCAGGCCCUAUCUCCUUGCUGCAGAAAUCCUAUCGUAUAAUUUUUCAGAUAUUAUUUUUGGGCCAUAUGGAGGUUAUUGGAGGCAGUUUAGAAAAGUUUGCACGUUGGAGCUGCUUAGUAUGAAACGUGUACAAUCAUUCCGAUCAAUUAGAGAAGAGCAGGUAUCCAGUUUGGUUAGAUCCAUCUUUUCUAGUAAAGGAUCGGAAAUCAACCUAGGAGAACAGUUAUACAACUUAUCAUAUAACAUCACUUUAAGGACUGCAAUUGGCGGAAGAUGCAAGCAACAUGAAACAUUCCUUUCAGUUCUGAGGAAAGUAGUGCAACUUACAGCAGGUUUUAGUAUUACCGAUCUGUUUCCUUCCUUCAAAUUGCUUCCUGUGAUCAGUGGGAUGAGAGCCAAACUUGAGAGGAUGCACCAAGACUUAGACAUGAUGCUUGAAAGCAUUAUUGAAGAGCAUAAAGCUACCAAUGCAAAUCCGAAGAACAGUGAUGAUGUAACAGAUGAUCUAGUUGAUGUUCUUUUGCAUCUUCAGGAUCAUGGAGAACUUGAAUUUCCCUUAACAACAGAUCAUAUCAAAGCUGUUAUCCUGGACAUGCUUGGAGCUGGAACUGAGACAUCCUCAACGACAGUAGAAUGGGCAAUGUCGGAAAUGAUGAAAAAUCCUAGUGUCCUGGUGAAAGCACAAGCUGAGGUGAGGCAAGUCUAUGAUGGAACAAGGGAUGUCAAUGAAUCAUAUCUCCAUGAAUUGAAAUACUUGAAGUUAGUUAUCAAGGAAACUCUAAGAUUACACCCUCCUCUACCUUUGUUACUUCCAAGACAAAAUACUGAGAGAUGUGAGAUUAAUGGGUAUGAGAUACCGGCCAAGACUAAAGUGAUUGUUAAUGCUUGGGCAAUUGGAAGAGAUUCCAACUACUGGAAUGAAGCCUACAAGUUCGAUCCAGAGAGAUUCAUUGAUAGUUCAGUCGACUAUAAAGGGACUAACUUCGAAUAUAUUCCCUUUGGGGCUGGAAGGAGGAUAUGCCCAGGCAUGUCAUAUGGUAUGGCUGUUGUUGAGCUUAUCCUUGCACAAUUACUGUACCAUUUUGAUUGGAAACUCCCUAAUGGGCUUAAAAAUGAGGAUCUAGACAUGAAUGAGGCCUUCGGCAGUACUGUUAGAAGAGAAAGAGAUUUGAAGCUGGUUCCCAUUCCUUACUACCCACAACCAUGUGUUCCGUAGUUGUUGCAUGGUAGCUGUUAUUUGGGUUCAAUAUUCUACUUUAAAGUGUAUUACUUUGCGAUUUUCAGUGUAUCUUGUUUUAGAGAGAGUUUUCAAAUAAUGUUCCCUUUUCUUUUGCAACUUGUGGUUGGUGCAUGUAAAAACAAUUAGUUCAGUUCAAUUAUUCAGGUGACAGGGGACUCCGUUGUUUCAGUUGAAACAGUCUAGUUCCUGCAGUAUUAGGU